AUGAAGACCACCCUCCCCCUCGCCUUCCUUACCCUUCUCACGGGGGCCCUGGCCCUCCCUUCCCCGGAUCAGGGCAUGAGCGAGCAAAAACCCAACGACUUCGUCAAGUUCCCGGCUCCCAAGGGCAUGACCGUGAAAGAGGGUCAAGAGAAAUGCGGUGACCAGGCCCAGCUGUCGUGUUGCAACAAGGCCAGCGUGGGCGGCGACACGACCAACGUGCAUGAAGGCGGUGGUCAGCUGUCGGGUAUCUUGGGCGCUGGGUCUGCGUCUGAAGGAGCAAGCUUGUUUUCGGAGUGUUCGAAGUUAGAUGCGCAGGUGACGGUUCUUCUCCUUCUGGGCGUUCAGGAUGUUCUGGACCAGCAGUGCAAGCAGAACGUGGCUUGCUGCCAGACAAGCGGGGCUGAUGCUUCGGAUUCGCUUGUUGGUGCCUCGCUGCCUUGUAUCGCUCUUGGCUCUAUUCUUUAG